AUGACUGUCAUGGUGACUGGGGACAACCUGGACGAAACCUUGGCUUUGCCAGGCCACCCACAGGACAGCUACCGGCCAGGGUCUCAUGAGGACCACGAGUGCUGUGAGAGGGUGGUGAUUAACAUUGCUGGCCUGAGGUUUGAGACGCAGCUGAAAACCCUGGCUCAGUUCCCCAACACUUUGCUGGGGAACCCCAAGAAACGCAUGCGGUACUUUGACCCACUGAGGAACGAGUAUUUCUUCGACCGGAACCGCCCCAGCUUCGAUGCCAUUCUCUAUUAUUACCAGUCUGGGGGGCGGCUUCGCCGGCCAGUGAAUGUCCCUUUGGACAUGUUCUCCGAGGAGAUCAAGUUCUAUGAACUGGGGGAGGAGGCCAUGGAGAAAUUUCGAGAGGACGAAGGCUUUAUUAAGGAGGAAGAGAGGCCCUUACCUGAGAAGGAAUACCAAAGACAGGUUUGGUUGCUCUUCGAAUACCCGGAGAGCUCUGGUCCGGCUCGGGUGAUUGCCAUUGUCUCCGUCAUGGUGAUCUUAAUUUCCAUUGUAAUCUUUUGCCUGGAAACCUUGCCAGUCUUAAAGGAACAGGAGAGGGACCAUGGAUUCCGCAACCGCAUGGACAACUCCACCAUCUUCCGCAAACCCAGCAUCUUCACCGACCCCUUCUUCGUGGUGGAAACUCUCUGCAUCAUCUGGUUUUCUUUUGAGUUGGUGGUGCGCUUCAUCGCCUGCCCGAGCAAGACUGAGUUCUUCAAGAACAUCAUGAAUUUCAUAGACAUAGUGGCCAUCAUCCCUUACUUCAUCACUCUGGGCACAGAGAUGGCUGAGCAGAAGGGGCCUCCCAAAGGAGAACAGGCCACCUCUCUGGCCAUUCUGAGGGUCAUCCGACUGGUAAGAGUCUUUCGCAUCUUCAAACUCUCCCGGCAUUCUAAGGGACUCCAGAUUCUGGGACAGACCCUCAAGGCCAGCAUGAGGGAGUUAGGUUUGCUUAUCUUUUUCCUUUUCAUUGGGGUGAUCUUGUUCUCCAGCGCAGUGUACUUUGCUGAAGCUGAGGAAUCUGAGACUCAAUUCGACAGCAUCCCCGAUGCUUUCUGGUGGGCAGUGGUAUCUAUGACCACUGUAGGAUAUGGUGACAUGUACCCUGUGACAAUUGGAGGCAAAAUCGUGGGCUCCUUGUGUGCCAUUGCUGGUGUGCUAACAAUUGCCCUGCCUGUACCUGUCAUUGUGUCCAACUUCAACUACUUCUACCACCGAGAAACAGAAGGGGAGGAACAGGCUCAGUUACUUAAAGUUAGCUCUCCUAACUUAGCCUCUGACUCUGACCUGAGUCGCCGUAGCUCCUCCACCAUCAGCAAAUCUGAGUAUAUGGAAAUUGAAGAGGAUGUGAACAAUAGCAUAGACAAUUUUAGGGAGGCUACUCUCAGAACUGGCAACUACACCUUAGCCAACCAGAACUGUGUCAAUAAAACCAAGCUACUUACGGAUGUUUAG